GGAUUACAACGCUUCUGCGCUGAGCAUAAGAUUAAAUUAUCUCAGGUAGACCACAUAUGUCUCACUCGUGUCUGCUCAGAGACAGCAGGAGGACUUCCAGGUUUGCUAUUGACUUUGGCUGGCAUACAAAAUGGAAGUCCUGAGAGUACUGAGCAUGUUGACAUAUGGGGUCCUCCAAAUCUUGAUUUAUUGGUUAACGCAAUGAAGAAUUUUGUCCCUCAUGCUACCAUGGUCAAAGCACAUAUCAUCCCACGAAGUGACAAUGUUAUGGUUCAUGGAAAUGGAGCUGCACUAGCUUCCUCACUACAUGCGGAGGAGCUGCAAGCUGAAGGCAAGUUCAAGGCAGUUAGUAUAUCAGCUAUUCUCCUAACACCUACUCAUUUGGAUGGAUCUCAUUUUAGUUCAAAUGAUACCUCCAUUGUAUAUAUUUGUAACCUACAUGACAUCAGAGGGGAGUUUGACCCCAGAAAGGCUAAAGCUUGCGGACUCAAAAAGAGGAGAAAGCUUGGACAACUGCAAAAUGGUAUCAGUGUGAAGUCAGAUCUUCUAGAUAUCGAGGUCCAUCCAGAUGAUAUAAUAGGCCCACCUAUUCCUGGUCCCAUUGUACUGAUUGUUGACUGUCCAACAGAACCUCAUGCACAAGAGUUACUGUCUGCACAAUCUCUUAAUGCCUAUUAUUCAGAUUCCCAAAGUAACUCCCAAGAGACCACCAAGGUUGUGAACUGCAUCAUUCAUUUGAGCCCUGCUACUGUUGUCAGCAGUCCAGUUUAUGAGAAAUGGAUGAGGAAAUUUGGUUCUGCCCAACAUAUUAUGGCAAGAACUACAAGGAAGCAUGAAACAACUCCAAUUCUAGAAUCUAAUGUGAGAAUAGCCACAAGACUGCAUUAUUUGUGUCCGCAGCUUUUUCCUGCUCCUAGUCUUUUUUCUGUUCAGAAUGAUGAUGUUGCAGCACCAAAUUUCAAGGUACUAGUGGAGGGUUCUAUCUCGAAGGUUUGUGGCAUAUCUGCUGAAAAUCUCUUAAAGUUCACCUUACGUCCUCCUAGACGUCUGGGAUUGGACAGAUCAAGUGUUCAAAAUAGGAUGACCUUCUCAGUGUUCGUUAAAGAGUUACUUUCAGAGAUUCCUGAGAUUGUUGAUGCUACAAAGAACAUAAGCACAUUUUGGCACAAACCUAAAGAAGAUGAGGCAGAACUGUUCACCAGGCAGGACAGUGAAGUUAUGACUGGAGAUCCAUCGUUAGCUGGACAUGUUGCCCCUAGGUGUCUGGAAAAUGUCCAGAGAGAUCCAUCAUACCCACGUUCUUUUUAUCAUUUUCUAUCUUCUGAAACCAAAUUCUCCCUCUAAAUUCACAGAAAAUUGAAGAAACUCUUCAACAAAUCUAGUCCCCAAUUUUACUCCAGUUGAAGUUCAUCAAUGAAGAA